AUGCCGCUUUGCCUAAUAGUAGGAUGUCCAGCAUCAUUAAAAUCAACAAGAGCGAGAGAGAUUAAAGAGUAUUUUGAAACAGAGAAGCAGAAAACAGUCCAUAUAAUCAGUGAAAAUGCUAUAAUUAAAAACUCAGGAAUGAAAAAGAAUCAAAUUUACUUAGAAUCAGGAAAGGAAAAGAUGAUCAGAGCUGAAUUAAAGUCCGAUAGCUUAAGACUGUUGAAUAAGAAUGACUUGAUUAUUAUGGACGGACUUAAUUACAUUAAAGGAUAUCGAUAUGAGAUUUAUUGUGCCACAAAAGCUGGAAGAGCUACUCAAUGUACAAUCCACUGUUCAGUUACCAAGGAAAGAGGGUGGGAGAUAAAUGAAAAUAGAGAAGAUAAGGAUGAGAUAUAUUCAAAAGAAAUGUAUGAAGCACUUUGGCUGAGAUUUGAGGAACCAAUAUCCACAAAUCGAUGGGAUUCGCCCUUAUUUGCUGUUACUGACUAUGAGAAGCUUAAUAUGGAGGAACUGUAUGAAGCACUUUAUGAGAAGAAGGCACCAAAACCAAAUCAAUCAACACAAAAUCCACCGACACAAGACACAAACUUUUUAUUUGAAUUAGACAAAUUGACACAAGACAUAGUCGCGGAAAUAGUCUCAGCAAGGAAGCUUGGAUCAUUAGGGCCAGUUAAAGUAAAGAACUGCACAGAAACUGUAAAUAUUUCAUCAGACAUCAAUGCAAGUCAACUGAAUAGAAUGAGAAGACAAUAUCUGAAUUAUAGUAAGCUACAUUUGGACACAGCAGGUGACUUAGUAAAAGCUCCGUCAUUAUUUGUUCAAUACCUUAAUUCCGUUUUAAGUGAAUAA